CGUCCUGCAUGUGGAAGAAUCAAACUCACCCAUUGGUGCGUCGAGGGAGCCACAGGCAGUCUUUCCCGCCCCCACCUUCCUUGUCACAGGCGUUGAUAUAAGUGCUGAGAGUGCGCUCCGGGGGCACCGACGAUCAACGACUCUGUAAGGAAUAAUACUCGUGCUGAGACAUGCAAAGCCCUCCAAAACCCCAGUUUGCCAGCUGGCUCAUAAAGCAGGUGGAGACGGGUCAGUACACGGGCCUGUGUUAUGUGGGCCAAAACAAGUUCAGAGUCCCCUGGAAGCACAACUCCAGAAAGGACUGCAAAGAAGAGGACAGCAAAAUAUUCCGGGCAUGGGCAGAAGCAAGUGGUAAAAUCAACGAGUUCCCCAAUGACAAGGCCAGGUGGAAAACCAACUUCCGCUGCGCUCUGAACAACCUCUCUGUGCGCUUCAAAUUGAUAAAGGAUAACUCCAAAAAUCCUGAUGAUCCUCAUAAAAUCUACGAGAUCAUCAACACUGAGUACAACUAUGAAGCUCUGCCAACACAAGACUCCCAGGAGGAUUGUGUCAUGACUCCAGAUAUCUACAGCUCUCCCACAGAGUACUUCCCCACAGGAAAUGAGUACAAUUUGGUUAACAACUUCACGGCCUUGGAGCUUGGCAACCACCCAACAGAGGAGCAACCGUGGGUAGAGAACCACUACCAGCCCAAUGCUGCUGUCCUUGGAAGCUGUCCUGCUGCAGCAGAGAACCACCCACAGGUUUUACCAGAUCAGCCAACUUACUACGAGUUGUAUCCUCAGCCAGUCCUCACCUCACCUCUGCAGCCAAGUAUUUAUGACAUGGAGAUCUCCAUCCACUACAGGAAAAGAGAGAUGCUAAAGGCCACGUUGAACACUGCCCGUCUCCAGCUCCACUACGAGCAGGAGGCCCCUGAGCUCAAUGCCCAUCAUCUCUGCUUCCCCUCCACUGAAGGCCUGCUUGAUCACAAACAGGUUGAGUACACCAACCGCAUCCUUAAGAACAUCCAGAAAGGUCUACUCCUGGAGGUACAGGACGGUGGUAUCUAUGCCUGGAGGCAGGACAGGUGCCACGUGUUUGCCAGCACCAGUGACCCCAGUGUGGCUCACCCAGAUCCAAGAAAGCUGCCUCAGAACACCAUGGUGGAGCUCCUCAGUUUUCAGAAGUAUGUGAAUGACCUGAAAAAGUUUAGGGAGAACAAUGGUGGCUCUCCAGAAUACACCAUCAACAUGUGCUUUGGAGAGAAGUUUCCUGAUGGAAAACCUUUGGAGAAAAAACUUAUCAUAGUCAAGUUGGUUCCUCUGAUCUGUCGACACUUUCAUGAGAUGGCCCAGAUGGAGGGAGCUUCGUCUCUUCACAGCUCCAACGUCAGCCUACAGAUCUCACACAACAGCCUCUACGAUCUCAUAAACUCUGUCUUUGGUCUGCCAACAGCUGAAGAGCCACCGCGGGCUGCUGUUCCUUUCCUAAAUCAGAUGUGAAAUUGUGUUUCUAAUUUGCCUUUGAUGGGAAUUACUUAAGGGACCACAUUAUGAAUCAUGUGCUGCUCUCACCAGAAGCUUUGCUUAAAAAAACAAAAAAAACAAAAAAAACAAUCCACUGACCUGUUGAAUGUGCAACAGG